AUGAGUUUGAAAACUUAUACAGCAACGGCACCACGCAUAUACGGUGCACCAAAAGCACACAAAGAAGGAUUGCCACUGAGACCAGUCGUAGCUUGUAUGACGUCACCGUCAUACAAAUUAUCAAAAUAUGUCGGAGCGAUUAUCCAAAAAUCGCUCAACAGCAACUUUAACAUAGAAGACUCGUUCUCUUUCUGCGAGUACAUCAACAACGUCCAGCUACCACCAGAUUAUAUUUUGAUCUCUUUGGAUGUCGUAUCGUUGUUCACGUGCAUACCUAAGGAAUUGGUAUUGCAUGACAUCAUAAUGCACUGGGAAGAAAUACAAAAACAUACGAACAUAAACUUGGAUUUGUUCUUGGAAAUGACUGAAUUUUGUAUAAAUUGUAGUUACUUCCAGUUUAAGGGACAGUUCUAUCAACAAGUGUUCGGUACAGCGAUGGGAAACCCACUCUCACCGGUGAUUGCAGAUCUUGUGAUGGAAACCCUGAUGGAUGGAGUAACCAGAAACAUAACGUUUCCUAUCCCAGUGGUAAAGAAAUAUGUUGAUGACCUGAUACUAGCGAUUCCUAAUGAGGAGAUUGAAACAGUAAAAAAUGCGUUCAACCAUUAUCAUGAGAAAAUUCAAUUCACGGUAGAGGUUGAAAGGGAUGGACGAAUACCGUAUCUGGACUUACUGUUGGUCAGAAAACCCGACCAAUCAAUAAAAACAGAAUGGUACAGCAAAUCGAUAGCGUCGGGAAGGUUUUUGAACUACCACUCGGCACACAACAUGAGUUUGAAAGUCAAUGUUGCCAAAAAUCUCAUAAAACGUGUCUCAACAUUCUCCACAAACGUCGAUGAGGAUACAAUUAAAAGAAUCAUCUACACACAAUUGAGACAAAAUGAUUACCCAAAAUCGUUAAUCAAUCGUCUUAUCAAUAGACAACGUGAACAUCCAUCCACUCAAGGAUCGCAUAAAACUGUAGAACCGGAAAAUGAAAAGCAGUACCGCUCGAUGGUCAACAUUGGAGCUCUCACCACUAAGAUCCAGAAAACAUUAAAAACGGAUUAUCCGGAAGUGGUAAUUUGCCCAAAACAACGGAGAACAGUAAAAUCAAUCAUACCAGGAGUGAAGGAUAAAUUGGAGAUCAACCAACGAUCGAACGUGAUAUACAAAAUACCAUGCGGGGACUAUGAAUCAAGCUAUGUAGGUAUGACAUCAUGCCGACUAAAGGAUCGAAUAUCGGGUCAUCGAUCAACGAUCAACAAAUUACGAGAGCUGCGAGAAGAAGGGAAGGACGAGACGGACUAUGAAAUGGCGAGAUUGAGGAAAAACUGCAUUAAUCGAUCACAGCAUUAUGAACAACCAUGA